CCCCUUUCCCUUUUAGCCUGAGGCUACUUCCGGCCUCGUUUCCCGUCGGCGCCGCCAUGUUCCUGCAGUGUUACCAGAACGAGCGCGGGGAGCGCGUUUACACCCUGCGGAAGGUGUCCCCGGCCGGGGUCCCCACGCGCUCGGCCCAUCCCGCCCGCUUCUCCCCCGAUGAUAAAUUCUCCCGGCACCGCCUGGCCCUCAAGCGCCGCUUCGGGGUUUUACUGACGCAGCGAGGCCGGACCCUGCUUUGAGCGACCCCAAAAAUCCCCCCGGAGCCCCAGGAGGGCCCCGAGAUCCUCACGCCGUGAGAGACCCCGAAAAGCCCCUGAGGGGAGGAAGGCGGCGGAAUCAAAUCAAAUCGAGAUGCGAAUGAACUGAGCUGAAAUGGGACGGAAGGAAGUUUUUAAACUGAGGAAAAAUUUUAAUUAUUAAAGGGUUGGGCUGUC